AUGAGUCCUAGGAACAGCUCACUGUCACACACAGAGUCCAACUCAACUCCAUCUAACCCAUCCCUACACAAUUCUUGUAGGGCAGAGCUACCUCUGAGAAGACUGGAACUUUACUGGAACUGGAGCAGAGAGGACAGACAGAACACUUUAGUGAACUUGGACCCCAGGAAUUGGCCACUGGUGAGCACUGUAGUGCUUCACAGGCAACCAACCAUAAAAAAGAAGAACUUUACACCAUUCUUGUCAUUCUGAAAGGCUAUAAAACCAGAGUCUAAUCUCCAUCAUCAUACAGGAAGCCAAGAACUUCCUACUAGGUUGGGACCUUGAACCUUGAAUUCAUAAAGACCCUCAAAGGCCCAGAAACAAAGUCUGUGUGGACAAAAUACUCUGGAAACACAGACUCACUGUCUUUAACAGAAAAGUAAAUUCAGAAGCUAUUAUUCCUGACCAGUUCCUCGCCAAAGGAUGGAGAUUUCAGAUAUCACAGAAGCCUACCCCACAACCACAGAAUUUGACUAUGGGGACUCCACUCCAUGCCAAAAGACUGAUGUAAGAGCCUUUGGGGCUGGACUCCUGCCCCCCCUGUAUUCUCUCGUGUUCAUCAUUGGAGUGGUGGGCAAUGUCCUAGUGAUUCUGGUGCUCAUGCAGCAUAGGAGGCUUCAAAGCAUGACCAGCAUCUACCUGUUCAACCUGGCUGUCUCUGAUCUGGUCUUCCUUUUCACUUUACCUUUCUGGAUUGACUACAAGUUGAAAGACAACUGGAUUUUUGGUGAUGCCAUGUGCAAGCUUCUCUCUGGGUUUUAUUACCUGGGCUUAUACAGUGAGAUCUUUUUUAUCAUCCUGCUGACGAUUGACAGAUACCUGGCCAUUGUCCAUGCUGUGUUUGCCCUGAGUGCCCGAACUGUUACUUUUGGCAUCAUCACCAGUCUUAUCACCUGGGCCCUAGCCAUCUUAGCUUCCAUUCCUGCCUUAUACUUUUUUAAGGCCCAGUGGGAGUUCACUCACUAUACCUGUAGCCCUCAUUUCCCCUAUAAGAGCCUGAAGCAGUGGAAGAGGUUUCAGGCUCUAAAGUUAAACCUUCUUGGACUAAUUUUGCCUCUGUUAGUCAUGCUAAUCUGCUAUGUAGGGAUCAUCAGAAUUCUGCUCAGAAGACCCAAUGAGAAGAAGGCCAAAGCCGUGCGUCUGAUAUUUGCUAUUACUCUUCUAUUCUUCCUCCUCUGGACCCCCUAUAAUCUGAGUGUAUUUGUUUCUGCUUUCCAAGAUGUUCUAUUCACCAAUCAGUGUGAGCAGAGCAAGCAACUGGACCUGGCCAUGCAGGUGACUGAAGUGAUUGCCUACACCCACUGUUGUGUCAACCCAAUCAUUUAUGUUUUUGUGGGUGAACGGUUCCGGAAGUACCUUCGGCAGCUGUUUCAAAGGCAUGUGGCUAUACCACUGGCAAAAUGGCUGCCCUUCCUCUCUGUGGACCAACUAGAAAGGACCAGUUCUAUAUCUCCAUCCACAGGAGAACAUGAGCUCUCUGCUGGCUUCUGAUUCAGACCAUAGAUGUCAACCAAGGUCUAAGAAGAGAAUGAGGAGACAGUAUAUUGCUCUCCAAGACCGAUACUGACAGUUCUUACAGUCAGGAUUCCCAAUCUUGUAGAGUCAAAGGAAACUUAGAGGUAGCUUAGGUAUAAGUCACCUCUUUAAUUGUUUCCUUGAACUUCUGUUAGAAAGGAGAUGAAUAAACAAAGUGGGGCAUUCCAGAAACUGGAAUAAUGGUGACAAUGAGUGGCGUGGGCCCAAUAAGAGAUAGGAUCUGUGGUUAUUAAUUUAAAAACAAAGCCACUACUUUUACUGAAUUCAAUUCCUAAUGAUGUUAUAUUCUGAAAAAAAAUUAAAGCAUUGUAAUAGAGAAGAAUUUUGCAUACUUGCAUAUUGACAUAUAUUAUAAAGUAUAAGAUGUUAUGUCAAAAAAUUAAAACUGUAACAAACUAAA